CUGCCAGAAGGAGGCGGGUUGAGUAGGGGAAAGAGGCGAGAUGGCACUGCCCGGAGCCGGAGUGAGCCGGGCUGCCCCAGUGCCGAUGCCCGGCGCGCCUCCCGCUUAAUCUGGGCACCUCCGCUGGCCACUCCCUCCACUCUGCUCGGCCGCCUCCCCAUCGCACCCCCCGCCCCAAGACCCCACCUACGACUCGCAUCGCACCCUCCAGCUCCGCCUAGUCCCCAGAACCUUGGGAGCAUCACCUCCUUAACUCCUUACCCUGGAUCGGCGUCCACCUGCCCCGCGGGCGAGCAGCCCUUUCUCGCCUCCUGGGCACGCUGCCCGGGUCGGAGGGACAUUGCCCGGUGGGUUGGAAGGGAGGGGGGACGAGGGCGGGACCUGAGCCACGUCUUCCCUCCCUUGAAGCCUCGGUGGGGAGGCUGAGCCCUACAAAACCCGCCCCGGGCGGGCUGGCCAGGCGAGCUUCACAGCCCAGCUCCCCAACCCGCGCCGAGCAGGGGACGCGGUGGCCCGAGAGCCUGCGGGUCACAGGACACGCCGGGACUCUGAGCGGACACUCACCAUGCGCCCCAGGACCGCGCCAAGGCUGCUGGCGCUGCUGCGGCCCCUCCUGCUGGUGCUCCUGGUGGCGGCGGCGCCCGGGGUGGGCAAGGGCUGUGUCUGCAGAGACAAAGGCCAGUGCUUCUGUGAUGGGGCCAAAGGAGAGAAGGGGGAGAAAGGCUUUCCAGGACCCCCAGGUCCUCCUGGCCAGAAGGGAUUCCCGGGUCCGGAAGGCCUGCCUGGACCACAGGGACCCAAGGGCUCUCCAGGACCUCCAGGACUCCCUGGUCCCAAAGGCAUAAGGGGAAUAACUGGAUUACCAGGAUUCUCAGGUCCUCCCGGACUUCCAGGCAUCCCAGGCCAUCCUGGACCUUACGGACUUGCUGGUUUGCCAGGAUGCAAUGGCUCUAAGGGUGAGCAAGGGUUUCCAGGACUUCCAGGAACACCAGGCCACCCAGGGAUCCCGGGUGCCGUGGGUUUGAAAGGAGAAAAGGGCACUCCUGCUGCAGGAGAAGGUGUCGACCUUGAUGGAAAAGGUGACCCUGGGAUGCCAGGAGCUCCGGGAUUCCAGGGUUUGCCAGGCCUUCCAGGUUUCCCUGGACCCGUUGGUCCACCUGGUCCCCCAGGAUUCUUUGGCUUCCCGGGAGCCACGGGACCUCCAGGACCUAAGGGUCACAUGGGUGAUAACGUGAUAGGACAGAAAGGAGAACGGGGUGUGAAAGGAUUAACGGGACCGCCUGGACCACCAGGGACAGUGAUUGUGACACUCACCGGUCCAGAUAACAGAACGGAGCUCAAGGGGGAGAAGGGAGAGCGUGGAGCUGCGGGCCGGUCAGGACCCCCUGGACCCUCGGGGCCACCUGGAGAAUCGUAUGGAUCUGAAAAAGGUGUUCCUGGAGAACCAGGUCCGCAGGGAAAGCCUGGGAAAGAUGGUGCCCCUGGUUUCCCUGGCACUGAGGGAGCCAAAGGCAGCAGGGGCUUCCCUGGGUUAACGGGUGAAGAUGGCAUUAAGGGACAGAAAGGAGACAUUGGCCCUCCAGGAUUUCGUGGUCCAACAGAAUAUUAUGAUGCAUACCAGGAAAAGGGAGAAGAAGGAAUUCCAGGCCCACCUGGGCCCAAAGGAGCCCGUGGUCCACAGGGUCCCAGCGGUCCCCCUGGAGUUCCUGGAAGCCCUGGAUCAUCCAGACCUGGCCUCCAAGGAGCCCCUGGAGCACCAGGCAUCAAAGGAAGAAAAGGGGAGCAAGGACCCCCAGGGAAGAACGCAGUCGGGCCUCCGGGAUCCCCCGGCUGUCCUGGUUCCCCAGGCCAUAUAGGGUUGCCGGGACCUCCAGGACCACCAGGUGGCAUUGUCUUUCGCAAAGGUCCACCUGGAGAUGGUGGACUUGCAGGCCGUCCAGGGUCUCCAGGAAUCCCAGGAGUCGAUGGGCCCAAAGGGGAACCCGGCCUCCUGUGUACACAGUGUCCUUGUGUCCCGGGGCCACCAGGCCUCCCAGGAUUACCCGGGCUGGAUGGCGUGAAAGGAAUCCCAGGAGGACGAGGGGCAGCUGGCAUUAAAGGAAGCCCAGGGUCCCCAGGAAGUGCGGGUCUUCCAGGAUUUCCAGGAUUCCCAGGUGCUCAGGGUCGCCCAGGACUUAAAGGAGAAAAAGGUGAAACUUCUCAGCCAGAGGGAGAAGUAGGUGCCCCGGGAGAUCCAGGGCUCCGGGGACAGCCUGGGAGAAAGGGCUUGGAUGGAAUUCCUGGAACUCCAGGAGUAAAAGGAUUUCCGGGACCUAAAGGAGAACUGGCCCUGAGUGGUGAGAAGGGGGACCAGGGUCUUCCAGGGGAUUCUGGCAUCCCUGGGUCCCCAGGACCCACAGGACCUCCUGGACCAUCGGACUAUGGACCGCAGGGAGAGCCUGGUCCAAAGGGCACCCAAGGACUUCCUGGAGCCCCUGGACCACCUGGAGAAGCCGGUCCCAAGGGAGAAUUUGGUGUUUCCACUCCAGUCCCAGGGCCCCCGGGACCUCCUGGGCCCCCAGGCCGUGCUGGCCCCCAAGGUCCACCUGGUACCCCUGGAUCCAUGGGAAAAUGUGAUCCAGGUCUUCCUGGGCCUGAUGGUGAACCAGGAAUUCCAGGAAUUGGAUUCCCUGGACUUCCUGGACCUAAGGGAGACCGAGGUUUUCCAGGAACAAAAGGAUCACCGGGCUGUCCUGGAGAAAUGGGAAAGCCAGGGUUACCUGGAAAUCCAGGCCUUCCAGGAGUCAAGGGAGAACCAGCACUCUCCACACCUGGAGAACCAGGAACACCGGGUCGGCCGGGAGAAAGAGGCAAUUCUGGAGAAGGUGGAGAAAUGGGACUCCCUGGACUUCCUGGUCUCCCUGGAAUGCCAGGAACUAGAGGGUUUGAUGGACCACGAGGGGAUCCAGGACAGCCUGGACCACCUGGAGAAAGAGGACCCCCAGGAAGGUGCACCGAAGGUCCCAGGGGAGCCCAAGGACUUCCAGGCUUAAAUGGAUUGAAAGGUCAACAAGGCAGAAGAGGUGAAACGGGGCCAAAGGGAGACCCAGGUAUUCCAGGCUUGGAUAGGUCAGGAUUUCCCGGAGAACCUGGACCCCCAGGAAUGCCAGGUCAUCACGGUGGGAUGGGACCACCUGGGCCAAAAGGAUAUCCAGGAAAUCCAGGAUUUUUAGGGCAACCAGGUGAAAAAGGAAUGAUGGGGAUGAUGGGGGCUCCUGGAGUCACUGGUCCCCCGGGUCCUCCUGGGAACCCAGGUACCUUGGGACAGAGAGGGAGCUUUGGCAUUCCAGGGGCAAAGGGUGAGAGAGGCCCUCCAGGAGCCAAAGGGGAACAAGGAGAUAGGAAUUCCGGGCCUUCUGGAAUAUUCCACUUAGUGGGGGACAAAGGAGAACCAGGACUCAAAGGAUUUGCAGGAAAGCCUGGAGAGAAAGGCAACAGAGGCAUUCCAGGGUUUCCAGGCUUAAAAGGACUCCCAGGGCUACCUGGACCACCAGGACCACCAGGCCUCAGAGGAGAUGCAGGAAGCAUUGGAUAUCCUGGUGAGCCAGGGCUACAUGGUGUGCCAGGAAGCAUGGGGAACAUGGGAGUGCCAGGUUCUAAAGGAACGAAGGGAACUGUGGGGUUCCCAGGUCUAGAUGGAAGACCAGGCCUUCCAGGUAUUCCUGGUCUCCAAGGAGAUAAGGGAGAGCCAGGUUACUCAGAAGGUUCAAGGCCAGGACCACCGGGAUCAAAGGGAGAUCCAGGAUUGCCAGGUGACAUGGGAGAGAGAGGCGAAAGAGGGCCACCUGGCGCACCUGGACGUUCGGGGCCUGCUGGACCUGAGGGAGUUCCUGGGAGUCCCGGAAGUCCUGGCCAUCCAGGACAGCCUGGUCCUGCUGGUGAUUUGGGAUCUCAAGGAAUCAAAGGCUUCCCUGGCUCUCCAGGAAUAAAAGGCCCUCCAGGCCCUCCAGGAGUCCCAGGAAAUCCUGGACCAGUGGGUGAGAGAGGAAAUCAAGGACGCGAUGGAAUUCCUGGUCCAGCAGGAGAAAAAGGAGAAACGGGUUUGCUUGGGGCACUUCCAGGUCCAAGAGGCAAGCCUGGUGAUCAAGGAGCCAAAGGAGACAGGGGAGCCCCAGGCUUGCCUGGCCUCCCUGGCAGGAAAGGGACAGUGGGAGAUGCUGGCCCUCGAGGGCCCAUUGGCAUGACAGCCUCAGGGCCACCAGGCUUUCCUGGUGCAAUCAUCCCCGGCCGAAAAGGAGAUCCAGGUCCACCUGGCCCCAGAGGAAACCCAGGUGAGCCUGGUCCCCCCGGCCCUCCAGGGAGUCCCGUAGAAGGUAUAAAAGGAGACAAGGGAUUUAUGGGCAAACCUGGCCCAAGAGGUCCACCUGGAACUGUAGGAGACAUGGGGCCCCCAGGUCAUCCGGGAGCACCAGGUGCCCCAGGUCUGCCAGGGGUCAGAGGUGAUCCUGGAUUCCAUGGAUUUCCAGGCAUAAAAGGGGAGAAAGGUAACUCAGGAUUUCUGGGGCCAAUUGGACCUCCAGGGCGAAUUGGGCCAAAAGGACCACCUGGUGCACGUGGAGACCCGGGCACAAUUAAGAUCCUCUCCCUUCCAGGAAGCCCAGGACCACCUGGCCCACCUGGAGAACCAGGGAUGCAAGGAGAUCCUGGGCCCCCGGGGCCACAGGGAGUCCCAGAAUCCUGUGGGCCAAGAGGAAAACCAGGCCUGGAUGGAAUACCAGGGACUCCUGGACCAAUUGGAGAAAAGGGCAACAAAGGUUGUAAAGGAGAGCAAGGACCGCCUGGGUAUGAUGGACUGCCAGGCUUGAAGGGGAGACCUGGAGAGACUGGGCCACCUGCAAGGGGGACAACGAUGAGGGGCUUUGUCUUCACCCGGCACAGCCAGACCACAACAAUUCCCUCCUGUCCAGAAGGGACAGAGCCACUCUAUAGCGGGUUUUCUCUUCUCUUUGUACAAGGAAAUGAACGAUCCCAUGGACAGGACCUGGGAACUCUUGGCAGCUGCCUACAGCGAUUUACCACAAUGCCAUUCUUGUUCUGCAAUAUCAAUGAUGUAUGUAAUUUCGCAUCUCGAAACGAUUAUUCAUACUGGCUGUCAACACCAGCUCUGAUGCCAAUGGACAUGGCUCCGAUUACUGGCAGGGCCCUGGAGCCUUAUAUUAGCAGGUGCACCGUCUGUGAGGCUCCUGCCAUUGCCAUAGCCAUUCACAGCCAAACCACUGAGAUCCCCUCAUGUCCCCAGGGCUGGAUUUCUCUUUGGAAAGGAUUUUCUUUUAUCAUGUUCACAAGUGCAGGUUCAGAGGGCGCUGGACAAGCACUGGCCUCCCCAGGCUCUUGCUUGGAAAAAUUCCGGGCCAGUCCCUUUAUAGAAUGUCAUGGAAGAGGAACGUGCAACUACUAUUCAAAUUCCUACAGUUUCUGGUUGGCUUCAUUAGACCCCGAAAGAAUGUUCAGGAAACCUAUUCCGUCAACCGUGAAGGCUGGGGAGUUAGAAAAGAUAAUAAGUCGCUGUCAGGUGUGCAUGAAGAGGAGACACUGAAGAAAUAAGAAUGAAAUGGAACUGCUAUUUUUCAUCCUAAAUAACCAAGUAAUGAUGCAGAACAUGCAUUUAAGUAUUUUUCUCCCACUGAACAAUAUUGCGCUACGAUGACUGAGUACCAAGUUUCUCUUUGUCUCCCCCCAAGGAAGCAUUCUUUUCAGUUAGUUCUGUGAUGCUGGUCUCUAAACCCAUGCAGUGUCACAGUUCUCUAACCCAAGGAAGUGGGACUUUUCACAGAAUAGCAUCAAAAUCGUAUUCCACUUGCAUCCAAGGCACUGAAGUAAACGGUGACGGUAUGAAGUUUGAUGUUGCAAGUUAAGAGCUAUUUGGUCCACUGGAUUCCCAAGAUUCAGCCCCCUUCUAUUCUGGUCUUUGAGACUCAAGGAGGUUAAAUCUGUUUUAGGUGGCCAGACCACCCCCUUCCUAAAACUUUAAACCAUGGGUGGGAAGUGGGUGGAGUCAGGCGGAAUACUAGCAUGUCAUGAAUCAACUGGACUUUCAGACCUGGUGAGUAACCUAAGCCCAGAGGGAACUAGAACUGAACUGAGGUUCCUGGAUUUUCUAGUGUGUUUUCAAACACACCCAAGAUUAAGGCCUAAAGGUGGUUGCUCUGAAUGAAAUCACAAGAGCCUUGGAUAUACUAUGUGGUUUUGGUUUACAUUUUUUAAACGAUACUUUGGUUUGCCCAUUGAAUUCAUUUCGCUGCAGCAAUAGAGCUUGCUUAUAUUUAAAGGUGAUACAAUUUUUACCCUUAGUGAAUUAAUAACACCCACACAAACGACAAGAUACUACUUGCUAGAUGUGCACUUUAUUGACAUCCCUAUAAAUGCUGGUGCAGCCCUUAUAAAAUAGUAGUUCAGUAACCCAUGAAAGAAUUGGAGGCAUUUGCUGGCUAAUCAGGCUCAGAAUACUUUGCCUUUGCUCUAAAUAUUCCACUUAACCUGGGUGUCUAGAGAUUUUUUUUUUUCCCCUUGUUACUUCUCUAAUUCUUCCUUUAUACAAACAUGUUUUUGAUAUUACAUAUUCUUACAAACCAUGUACAAAUUGUAUAGUUUGGCAGUUGUAGGUCUUAAAAUUUCCUCUUCAGUAGGCUGAUACAUUCCCACGGUUACUCAAUUCAAUUUAACAAGAUUUUAUUCUAAGCCAAGCUGUGCCCCCAGGCACUGUGCUAAAUUAUAGGCACUAAGGGGAUAAAAAGAGAUUUGUUUCUGAUCUAAUAUUCCAGAAAAGGUAACCUGCCGUUUCUGUUAGGAAUCCCACAUAUCUAAGUUGUUUUUUCCUCUUUUUUCCCCCCAUGUCGCUAUUCUUGUAUUUCAUCAUUAUAAUUCAGCAGGCUUAAUAAAGGUUUAAAAAUAAGAUUUAUACCCAGGGAAAACCCAGGACUUCUAGCUUCUCCUAGGUAUGGCAGAAGCAAAGGUCUGGACAGUGUUAAGAAAAUAAAAAUCUACAAAACAUGAAAAACCAUGUACACUUGAUGGUAGCAGUAUCUGAUGAAUCUCAAGAGGCCAGGUAUCCAGAGAUGAAGCUCUGAAGAUGCUUCUUGAUCCACUGAGGUGGAGCUGGUGGUGCUAUUUCAAUUCAGGUUAUUGCUUCAAUUUUAGUUGUUCUGGAAGUGAAGAUGUUACUCCAGAGGACAGCACAGACUGUGACCAGGGCUGGCAUCCUUCAUGGCCCAUGUGACUGCUGCCAAGCCAUUUUUACAUUGAAACCAAGAAGCGUAUUUUGGUAUUACUUACACGCAUCUCACAUUAAGACGUUUUGCUCUAAAAAUAUCCGACUGUCCUAUCUGUGCCAUAAUGGCAUAGGGCUAGCUGAUCUCCACAAACCUCUGUAGGUCAGUAGUUCUCAAAAUGUGGUCCCUGGUGGUACUUGUCACAAAUGCAAAUUCUAGGGCUCACCCUAGAUUUAUAGGAUCAGAAACUCUGGGGGUAAGUCCCCUAGAAAUCUGUGUUCUAAUGAGCCCUCCAGGUGAUUUCUGAUGCACUGUGACGACUAAGACGUGCUCUAGGCAAACACCAGAGAAACAAUUCUACAGACAGUUACCAGGUUUAGCUGGCCACUGCUGAUCCAUCCAUACCUCUCUUUACAGUCCCAAAUUGCGAAUGACCUUAAGGUCAUCUAAUUGUACUACUACUAAAGCCCUCCACUGGUGCUGAUGCCAAGUGACUGGCCUCUACUUGUUCCCGGGGCUCCCUCUUUUCUUGCCCUCUUAUCAGUGUUUAAAAUCUGAGGAAGCUAAAACCUUAAAUUCCAAUGGAGCCAUAUUAAUAGUUUCUCAGUCGAUCUAAAGUAUUUCUAAAAUUGAGCAUUGAAACAUAGCACAUGUGCAUGGCUUUCAAGAUACCUAUCAGUAGUUUGUAAGGUUAUGAAGAUUUAACUUUGUAGAUAAAAUGUAAAUAACUUGUUUCUUUUAAAUGUGAGGCUUCAACUUUGGAAUUUCAGAGUGUGCUAAAAUAAUGGAUUUCUCAGACGUCUUUCUGCAAGAUAAACAUUAUCGAGUAAUUUAUUUAUAAAAUUAUUACAAUAAUGCCAAAUUUGAAUUUUAUUGCUAAUUUAACUUACAAGGGUUUUUCUAUGCAUCCAGUGUAACUUACUGCUACUAAACUUAAUUUAAUAUUUACUCUAUAACCAAAUGAAACAUAUUUAAAAUAUAUUGAAUAUUUUAUAUUAUUAUAUCUUGACAAAAUUACAAUAUUGUAAUGUACUAAUAUCUCUGUAAUUACAGCUUAAAUAUUAUUUUAUUGUAUUGUCUAAGAAUAAAAUGGAAAAAAUUCUUUCUGGUCUUUUUUUUUUCAAAAUGUAGACAAAUUUAUUUUGGGAGGUUGUAAAAAUAAUAUAUGUUCACUGUAAAAGCAAUAGACAAUACAGAAGUUAUGAAGAAGAAUAUAAAAACUGUAUGACCUAACGCCUCACCCCCACCCAAGAAAAUUAAGACUUUUUUCGUAUGAAUAUAUUUGUAAACAAAAUGGGAUAAAAAG